GUGAGAAGGCAUGAUAUUAUAAUAAGGAAGUGGUCCAAAAUGAAACACAAAGGGUCUCAAAGAAAUGUGAUCCACAUGAAUUUGAUCAUUCUAAGAACCUCAGGAUUCUCUCAACUUAUCCGUUCCUCCUACACAAAAAUCAAAAAUCAGAAAAUAAACAACAACAAUAACCAAACCAUACUUUCCCUUCUCUUCUUACACACACAAAAAAAGAACUAAAAUCAUGGCUAUUGAAAACUGUUUACAAUUGAGCACAUCAGCAAGUGUAGGAACUGUUGCUGUAAAAUCUCAUGCUUAUCAUCUUCAUACUUCUAAGCUUAAUUUGCUUACUUUUCAAGGCUUAAAGAAACCUUUUCCGGCUUUCUCUACUUCUUCUUCUUCUUCUUCUUCUUUGUUUUCGACUACUCGAAAAUCCACCCUUGUAUGCAAGGCUAGUGAAGCUGUUAAGCAAGUCCAAGAUGUGAAUGAUUCAAGCUGGAAGGAGCUAGUGAUAGAGAGCCAAAUCCCAGUGAUGGUGGACUUUUGGGCACCAUGGUGCGGACCUUGCAAGCUUAUUGCUCCGGUGAUCGACGAGUUGGCGAAAGAAUACGCCGGAAAGCUAGCCGUUUACAAGGUGAACACAGAUGAAUCCCCAAACAUUGCAACCCAAUACAACAUUAGGAGCAUUCCUACUGUUUUGUUCUUCAAGAAUGGUGAAAGGAAGGAAGGUAUCAUUGGUGCUGUGCCUAAGUCUACCUUGACUGAUACCAUUGACAAGUAUAUUUCUUCUUAAUUAUGUUCAUGUCUACUAAUUAUUAAAUAAUUAAAGUCUUUUUUCAUAAUUGUUAAGCAACUUAAUUCAUGUGAUGAUUAAAUAGUUGCUUUUAGCAUUGUAUAUCAACAUUUGUUUAUAUUGUGAUAUGAUCUUUUGAAUGCUUAGAUGAAUAUUAAUUAAUUACACUA